AUGUGGAAAGUUUUGCAAAACUGCUUGCCCGUAAAAGAGGUUAUUCACAAGAGAACAGGGAAAGGAGACCCCAUAUGUGAGGGCUGUGGGGAGGCAACUGAAACUGUAGAGCAUCUGUUCUUCCAUUGUCCAAUAGCAGAAAUGACAUGGAAGAUGGCACCAGUAAAAUGGGAAGGGGCUAUGCUGCUUAGGGAUAAUAUAUGGAGGUGGUGGGAAACAGUUAUUCAGGCCGAGGAGGAAAAUCAGGGAAGAGAUCGAGUUAACAUCACAAUCAACCUCCUGUGGCAGCUAUGGAAGGCAAGAAACAAACGAAUAUUUGAACACCGAGUGAUAGAAGAGAGAGAUGUGGUACAAGUAGCUCAACAGGAAUGGCUGGAGUUCGAAAUGGCUAAUGAAGCUGAGGAGCGAAUGGCAAAAAUAUCAAUACAGCAAGAGCAACAGCGCAGAUGGGAACCACCAAAGGCAGGGGUGAUUAAGAUUAACACUGAUGCAGCCAUCUCAAACCAGUCGGUAAGAACAAGGAAAGGGAUCAUAGCAAGGAACUGGACUGGGAACUGA